AUGUGGGGGACCCGAACCCGGAAGAGGAUGAGCUGCCUCUUGCAGCACCUGUUACUCACUCCGGCAGAGGGGAAUAAUGCCAAUGAGGCCUGCAGCCGGGUGAGCCUGGGGCUGCCUGUGGAUCCUCCAUCCACGCUCAAGCAAAUCAUCGUGGCCUGCACCAAGAAAGCAGAUAGGUACCACAACCAGGAGAGGAGUGGAGUUAUCACUGUGUUCCUACCUAGGAGUAAAGAAAGGAGGCACUUCCACAAAGAAGCAAGACUGAAUUGCAAGGUGGACCCCAUUGAAAUGGCUCAACAGACGAACCCAAGAGCCCUGAGUUCCCCUUGGGUGGAAAGGGUUGAACCAGACAGCCAAACCCAGCCGCCUGCCAGACCUCGGCCAGUUAGAUCCCGGAGAAGAAGGCAGAGACAGACAGCUCCUGCAUCUCGAGGAGGAGAUGAGCCUAGGACCUUUCAAGUCUACAAAUUUAGCAGUCGUGCCCCACCUGUGAGUGCGCAUAAUGGUGGAAGCUCUCAGAUUCCUGCACUGCCUGAUGAUGGAAAUGUUAUGGGAAUGAUGGCUAGGUCUGCCAGAUACUGGGUGAGGCGAGAAACUCCUCGAUGCUGGGUCAGAGGCUGUACUUGUGCUUGUUCAGAGACUGAACUAGAAGAAGUUCAUCUUCCUAGGAGCCGGCUGUUGCCAAGUGAUCUAGAUGAAGACCACAGCUCAACCUCUUUGACAAGAGGGGGAUUAUUUUCAAGGGAUGAAGACAAUGAUGGCAGCGUUGGGGACACUGCGACAGCCAGCUCUUGGGCUGGUGUUAGAAGUGAUGAUGGUCCCAGGAGUUUUGCGGAGGAGUAUGCACUGGUUCCCUUAAGCAGACGAAAGCAAUAUACUGCCCAGACUUUUCAUGAGGCGGUAGAAAGAUUUUUAAGAGGGUUCUGAGCUUUGGCACAUCUGCUUUGAAUUUGGGAGCCAAAUCUGUGGAGAUGCAAAUGCCUGUCAUCAUGUGAACAGUUUACUGUAAUACAGGCUGAAGCCUGCAGGAAAGCCAUGAAGGCUUAAAUAGAGUAAAGCUCAGUAUAUUGCUCUUAGAUUGACAGACAACUAGACAGUUAUUUGCAUUCCAGUUUUGUCUCCUUCAUUUGUGUUGCUGCCUUCAUCAGGAGCUUAAAAACCUUUAGUAAUCAUAAAGCAUUUAAAAUGGAGAAAUUACUUUGAUUCUGAGCUAAUGUAAUGACUAUUUCUUCCUCAGUUUUAAGAGGUAGAGGCAAAAUGCAGAGUCUCUAGUAACUUCUUUAAGGAUAUUUGAAAUUCAAAGCCUUUGUUUAUGCCAGUGUUUUAUUUCACUAAAUGCUUUAAUUUACCCUAUAGAGGCCUAGAGCUUUUGGUAUUUUUUUGUGUGUGUUUUUUCUUUUAACUUGAUCUAAAUCUAAAAAUCAUACUGCAUAUAUUUGAUUAUUCGUAUAGCAGUUAUGUAUGAUAAUGUGAGAUAGCUGGAGCACAACCUGCUUAAAAAAUCUCACACCCUUUGGUUGUUAACUUGUUAUGUGAAUUAAAAAUUAAAAUAAAAAUAAAAAAUGUCUUCUGAGGAACCUACCAAA